AGAAACAGUAAUAAAGCAGCUUGUCUUCAACAUUCUCACCUCCCCACAGCCCACAUAUCUUUUUCCCUCCCUCUCUGCUUUUUGCUGUUUUCUUCCCCCCAGACCUCCAGUGGGUCCCUCAGCCUGCUAUUUCAUGACCUACAGACCUUCUUUCUCUCCUUUCCCCUUUAUAAUUUAAUUUUCUUCACGCAGCAAACACAUCCAUUCAUAACUAUUCUUUCCCUCUCUCUCUUCUUUCUCUCUCUUCCAUUUUCACUACUCUACACUCGAUAAAGCUUACUGCUACCCUGUUGGCUGUUGUUGCGACUUCCUACUACAGCUAUGGCUGAAGCUUUGAAUUCUGAAAACGCUGCGUUUUGGCUUCCGUCUCAUUUUCUCACCGACGACGAUUUUCUCGCCGACGAGGUGUGCUUAAAGAGAGAUACAAUUAGAAAUGACUUCGACUUGUUUGAUAACUCGCUUGCCGGGUUUAACCUUCACUCGUCGCUUGACUCGCCGGUGAGUUCGACUGAGACUGAACUCGGUGAUAGUAAUGAUAGUAACAUCAAAAAUGAUGAUGAGUUCAUGGCUGAGUUAACUCGCCACCUCGCUCAAUCUUCUCUUAAUUACUCUUCUGAUGAGUCACACAACGUUCAGAAGCCAUGGAUGUUCUCAACUUCUCCACAAUCAACAUUAACCGGGUUCGGACCAUGGACAUCACGAAGCGGGUUUUCGAGCAACGGAAGUCCAAACGGACCUUCUCAAGUUCCGUCACCACCGCUAACACCUCCUGCUAAAAACGACGCCGCUUGGGAGCUUCUAUUUGAAGCUGCUGGUCAAGUUGCUCGUCUUAAAAUGAACGCUCUUGCUGCUCAAAUGAAACAACAAAACCAAAAUCGAGGCAUUAUGAGGGCCCCACAGAACAUUCCUUUCUCAGCCAAAUCUCAUCACCACAACCAUAACUCUUUUUAUGAUUUUCCUCAGCAUGAACAAUUGAAGAGGCAGAGUAAUGGAAGGUUUUACUGUCAACAUCACAGCCAUAACCAUAAUCAGCAAAGGAGCGCUCCACUUGGGCUCCCACAAUCUGCAUGGCCUCCUUUGAGGCCUAACCACCAUCACCACCACCGUCAACCAAGUAAUGGUUCAGGAAUGAGGUCAAGCUACCUUAACGGGCCUGGGAUACCCGGAAUCAAGAGACAGUCAACAGGAACCGGAGUUUUUCUUCCUAGAAGGGUGGGGACCACACCAACUCAUCAACAGCCUGAACCACGCAAGAAAGCAAGUGUGAUUCAUCCAGCAAGAGUUGUUGAAGUUUUGAACAUGAAUUACGAAGAAAUUAAAAUGAAGAAUGAGUUUCAAUCGAAACACAAUUCACGAUAUGGUACCGGAAUGUUGUCUGAACACGAGAUUUUAAUGGCAAGAAGAAACGCAUUACUGGAACGACAAAAGAAGAAUUUAUUGAAGAAUGAAAUGGUGACACAUGAAAUCAGUCUACCAAGUGAUUGGACUUACUAAUCUAUUUAUGGAGGUUAUUUUCUCUCACCUAGUGCUUGUUUUGAUGAAGGAGAUAGGAGUAGAUUUAUGGGUGGAUCAUGUUUGUUACUGGGUAUAACAUUAUAUUGAAAUUGAAAAAGGAAAAAAAAAGGAGAAAAAAGGUUUUAAAAAAUGCAAAAAUAAAAUUAAGGAAGAUGAAGUUAAUUGGUAAAGUAGUGGGAAAUUGGGAAUGAUAAAAAUAAAAGAGAAGUUGUGUUUUUAAUUUUUAUAAUUACUAAUAUUAAUUUUCCUAGUGUUUAUUGAAAGAAGAUAUGCAGCAGCUUUUGGUGGCACAAGCUUUUGCUUGCUUUAGAAAGGGGAAAUUUGAAAAAGAAGGAAGAAAUAUUACCAAGUUUUAAAAAUCUUCAUUGAUGUAAUGCAAUAAAGUUUGAGGGUAUUUUAGUCAAUUUAAUAGUAUGCUAAUUAAGCAAUUUAUAUUUGUAAUAGUGAUUUAGGUGUUUAAUGAUGUUAGAUAACAUAUUAGAGGUUUAUUUGGAAUGGAAAAGGUGGAUUUUGUUAGUUUUACCCCUUUUUCAAUAGUGGUGAUGGUGAUAAAAAUAUGAUUUUUGGGGGGUUUUGGCAAUUGUGGUUUUUGUAAGAAAAUGAUGAAAAAAAAGCCCAAUAAUUAGGUUUUGAUAAUUUGAUGUAAUAUGAUCCCCUUGGUGUUGGGGUUUAUAGUUGAAUAAUGAAUGAUAAUAUUUACCUUA